AAUCCAAAAUUUAAUUGGUAAAGUAAAAGCCGUGGCAUGGCAGGGAUAAUAAAGAAUUUAGAUUGCAGAUUGCAGAUUGCAGUGCAUGAGAGGGUAGAAGUAGAAUCUAGCGGAGGUGAAAAGCAAGAGGUGGAUUGGGCCGAAAGGUAGAGUCCAGGUGAGUUGGGUGAACAUAUUAGUUUUGGAAAAAGGAAGAGAAAAUAGCAAGUGUUGGAGGCGAAGAGAGUGAGGAAUUGGGAAUUGGGAAUUGGCAUCAAUCAUCAAUCAUCAAUCAUCAAUCAUCAAUCAUCAAUCAAAGAAUAAAGAUGCUCCGAACAUGCAUAGGCAUAGGCAUGUGUGGAAGCAGAUGAGAGACAGGGAGGCUGGGAAAGUGCGUCCACAUUCCUUCGCGAACAGGAUAAAAUCGAAUCGCAUUUCGCAGCUCCAAUUGUCGAAUCACAAGGACAUCGUGUCCCCUCACAAAGGCGCCAUCAACUCCCUUCAGAUUGAUUCGACAGAGGGAAGAUAUUUGCUCUCCGCCGCCUCCGAUGCCUCCGUAGCCGUCUACGACGUUCAACGACCCACCGCCAUAUCAAAACACACCUCCUUAUUCGUCCUUGACAAGCACCACCACCAAGGUCACAAAUAUGCCGUCUCCUCAGCUAUAUGGUAUCCCAUUGACACCGGCUUGUUCGUCACUGGCUCAUACGAUCAUCACAUCAAUGUUUGGGACACCAAUACCACCCAGACAAUUGGAUUGUGCCUGCAGGUAGUGGUGAAUUUCAAGAUGCCUGGAAAGGUGCAUAGGACUGCAAUGUCCAAUUUGUCAACGUCUCACAUGCUUAUUGCUGCUGGCACUGAGGAUGUCCAAGUUCGUCUUUGUGAUAUUGCUUCCGGGGCUUUUGCUCACACUUUGUCCGGACACCGUGAUGGAGUAAUGACUGUUGAAUGGUCUAAUUCAAGUGAAUGGGUCUUGGUUACUGGGGGAUGUGACGGUGCAAUACGUUUUUGGGACAUCAGGCGUGCUGGUUGUUUCCUAGUUUUAGAUCAAUCUCGGACUCAGCUUGGAAGACGGCCUCCUGUACUGAAACGUUCUAUGAUAACUAAGGACUCAAGUACAAAGUUGCGUGCGGCACAAAAGAAACACGCUAUUGGAAGUGGUAGCAGACAACUACCAAUUGGCAGAGUUCCAUCCAAGGGACCAAUGAAGCAGAGGUUACAUCCAGGAAUGUUAUCUACUCAGGAUCGUGCAACUGCUCAUUAUGGUGCUGUGACAGGGUUAAAAGCGACAGGGGAUGGCAUGUAUCUACUUAGUGCAGGGUCUGAUUCAAGAUUGAGGUUGUGGGAUGUUCAAUCUGGCUGUGACACACUUGUUAACUUUGAAACAGUGCGCCUGCAAACAAACAAACCCCUUCAAUUUGCCACCACUCAAGAUGCAACCCUUGUUUUUGUUCCAUGCAUGAGAUCUGUGAAAGCAUUUGACAUGUGGUCUGGGAACAUGAACUCAAUAUUACGUGGCCACUAUGAAUGUGUGAACUCUUGCUGGUUUAAUCAACAAGAUCAGGAACUGUACACUGGUGGAAAUGAUAGACAAAUUCUUGUCUGGUCACCUGCGAGAUCAAUCGCUGAUGAAAUGGAUGAAGGACCAGCUGAGGAUCAGGAUAACUGGAGUAGCUGAGUCUUGCCUCCAUUUUUGUCACAACUUUCCCUUUCUUGUCUUCUUCCGCCACAUCUGAUGUUUGUGGGAUUUGUAAAUGUAUGUUUGUUCUGGUUUUGGAGCAUAUGUGAAACGUUUUAAGGCACAAAACUGUAUACUAGUAGCCCCAUUGUUUUUUUGUAGAAUAGAACUUUUUUCCCCAUCUUUUAACUUGGUGUAAAUUUUAAAUUGACUCCUUGUUGUAUGUUACAGCAUAAACACAUUUUUCAUAA